AUGACAGGUAGUGAUACUGCAACUAACCCAUCUGAGCUUGAUUUUUUGAGACAGCGUAUCUCUGAGCUGGAGAAUUUUGAUCUUAAACGCGAGGUGGCGAAACUCAGGGAGUGUAACGAGGAACAUGGGAGUAGAAUCGAGGAGUUGGAGAAGAGUAGAGAGGAUUUUAAAUCUAGACUUGCGAGGGCUCUUCGCGCAGACUGGGAAAUAUGGGGACUAUACUUGCCUAUGCGCUGUGAAUAUAUCUCAGCCAUUCUUCAUGCUUUGCUUUAUAUCGUCAAAAGAAUAACCGAUAAAGAACUUACCUUAGCUCCUCAACUCGAAGUUGUUGGUGAAGAAAAUACUAGUUGA